AUGGAAUUAUCGAUAAACAUAUGCGGACAAGCCUCCAAUCAGAGAGAUGAGAUCUUCCGAAAGUGUAAGUCAGAGAGUUUCCCAUCACAAAUACCAGGUGAUGAUGACGCGAAGAAGUUGAUGGAUAAGGAGUUAUACAAGUACGCAGCAGAAGACAAAUUUGAUGAAUUAUUUGGUGAACGGCGGCGUGUUUCAUCAGCGGAACUAUCAUCCAUCAUUUACACACAAGUUAGCCCCUCUGGAAAUUCACUGCUUCAUGUUUCAGCAAGCAAUGGAAGCAAACAUGUGACGGAGCUCCUUCUACAACACUUUCCGCUUCUAAUGAUGAGGAAAAACUUCCACGAUGAUACUGCACUUCAUUUAGCAGCCGGAGCUGGACAGCUGGGAACUACAACAGUUCUUAUCAACAAGGCAAAAGGCCAUGGAAGAGCCAGCGACUUUCCUAACUUUUUGGAGAUGAAGAAUGAUAGAGGAAACACAGCUUUACAUGAAGCAGUCAUUAAUGGGCACGACAUUUUGGCCCAUUUUCUGGUUUCGGAGAGCUCGAAGCUUUUAUAUACAGAAAACAAUGAACAUAAGUCUCCCUUGUAUCUUGCAGUCGAGAAUAGCGAUGAGAAGAUGCUCACUACUCUAAUGGAUACUAUACGUGAUGAUGUUGAUUUACUUAACAAGCUAGAAGGAAAGUCUCCCGUGCACGCCGCUGUCCAAGGAAGAAAGAGAAGUAAAAUGAUUUUUUUCCCUUCUCAUUCAUAUAUUUUCCCUUCUAACAUGCUAGUGUUUCUUUCAUUAUUUGAUCUAUUUUUCAUUCGAGUUAAAUUAAUUUCAGCAAUAUUGGAACAAAUAGCGAAAAACAAGCCAGGCCUUUUGCGCCGGAAAGAUGAAAAGGGGGAGAAUCCACUUCACUGUGCAGCAUACAUGGGUUAUGUUUGGGAAACUCAAUUCCUGUUCAAUGAAUAUCGUGAUGGUGCAAUCCAGCAGAACGAUGAAGGCAACAUGCCUAUCCAUGUUGCUAGCAAAAAAGGCUAUGUUGACGUAGUUGAUGCAUACAUUUCCGAGUGGACUGAUCCAGCAGAAUUUCUCAACAGCAAAAGGCAGAACAUUCUACAUGUCGCCGCCGAGAGAGGAAGACAUGGAGUGGUGAAGUAUAUCCUACGAAAUAAGAAUCUGGAAGCACUUAUAAAUAAGCAGGAUCUGGAUGGAAAUACACCUUUGCAUUUAGCAUCAAAGAAUGGCCGAUCCAUUUCAACAUUUACUCUUGUGCGAAACUCUAUGCUUAUUAAACACAAAGCCAAUGGCGAAAACAUGACACCAUAUGAGGUUGCAAAGAAGCAAUCUAAAAUGGUGGGAGCAGAAUUCUCAGGAGAACCAAUUCCGAAGGGGAAGGACAACGAUGCAGAGAUGCUACAAACAGAGGACAAACCAGAUCAUGGAGUGAUGAUGACAUUAUCGAUCUUGCAUUUUUGGGCCAGCCCUAAGAGAUCCAAAGUAGAAUAUUUCCGUAUUAAGGGCAGGCCUAUACCAAAAGAGGAAAUCAAGAACAGGAUUAAUUCUCUUCUUGUUGUAGCCGUACUCGUCGCAAGUGUAACAUUUUCUGGUGUGCUCCAACUCCCUAGAAGUACAGACCAGCCUGGAAGUAGAGCUUCUAACAUCACCACCAACAAUAUCCACAAUAUCCAGAACCAGGGGAUAUCAGAAAUAAAUGAAGGCAUCCUAAGGAAUGUUUAUAUUUAUUUUGACAUGGUAGCCUUGAAUGCCUCGGUCAUGGCAUCGAUAAUCCUUUGUUGGGCUCAUCUAUAUGAUGUCAAAGUAGCAGCACAUGUAAUUUGGGUGGCAUCAAUAUUAACAGGUGGUGCUAUCUACUUGAUGUGCUUAGCAUUCGUCUUUGCCGUUGCUAUUGAUGUAGGCAAAAGCUUUGCCUUCUUCGUUCUCACCAUUGUCGUCGGUGGAGUGCUUUUUCUUUUCCAAACCGUGGUUUCUAUUCCAUUGAUUAUUCCGCCGAGUGCCAACCAAAUCAUUGAAAGAAUUGCUUCACCUUACAUCUAUCUCCUGAUUUUCUGCGUAUAUUACCUUUUGGACUGGUUUUAUUUUAAAUUGAAGAGAAAAGAGAAGCCACAACAAACAACGUCGUCUUCUUGA